GUUCUUGGUCGAGGAGGUCGGUGGAGGUGGUAGCUGUAGCAGCUUUCCCGUUAGUCUGCCUAUUCAGUCUCUUCUUUCCCCACCUCCAUACCUGGGCAAGAGGGACGGGUUUCAUUAUCCCACCGAGCUGCUUUUCACAGGUCUUUUUUGAAGGAGCUUUCCAGAGCCCGGGGGUGGGGGUAUUGAUCACUAUCGGAUGGAGCUCCCAUCAUGUUUUCUCCCUUCGGCACAAUUCUAAACGAAGCAGUGAAGUUAAGGAGACUUGUCUCCGAUGCGAGUUGAUUACUGUGGAAGAAUCAAAAUUUGUGAGUUUGGAAUUAGCAACUAGGAACAGUUAGAGAACAGCAGGUGUACUACGCUGAAUACAAUGCUGCAGCAAGCAGAAACAAACUGUGACAGCCGAGAAAAUGCAGAUGUACAGGAGGUGGAAGAUUACAUUUCCAGAAACAGAAAGCUGUUGGGGAAAGAAUAUAGUACCCAAGAGUUGCGGGAGGAGACUCCAGGGAGAGAAGAAACCCGUAUUGACCCACCUGAUGGCCAGCAAGACCCAGAAAAUGAGAAAAACAAAGAGAAAACUCUAGGAAAAGAAGUGUUGUUACUUAUGCAAGCUUUAAACACACUUGCUACUCCAGAAGAAAAGCUAGCAGCACUCUGCAAGAAAUAUGCUGACCUGCUGGAAGAGAGCCGAAAUGUUCAGAGACAAAUGAAGAUGCUGCAGAAGAAACAAGCGCAGGUUGUAAAAGAGAAAGUGCACCUGCAGAGUGAACAUAGCAAAGCAAUUCUCGCACGCAGCAAACUGGAAUCUCUUUGUCGAGAGCUACAACGCCAUAAUAAAACUCUGAAGGAAGAAAAUAUGCAACAAGCCCGUGAAGAGGAGGAAAGACGCAAAGAAGCAACAGUACACUUCCAGAUUACAUUAAAUGAAAUUCAGGCACAGCUAGAACAGCAUGGCGUACACAAUGCAAAGCUCCGCCAAGAAAAUAUCGAACUGGGGGAGAAACUGAAGAAACUUGUAGAACAGUAUGCACUCCGAGAAGAACACAUGGAUAAAGUCUUCAAGCAUAAAGAACUGCAGCAGCAACUGGUGGAUGCCAAGCUUCAGCAGACAACACAGCUUAUAAAAGAAGCUGAAGAAAAGCAUCAGAGGGAGAAGGACUUUCUGUUAAAAGAAGCUACUGAAGCCAGACACAAAUGUGAACAGAUGAAGCAGCAAGAAGCCCAAUUAAAACAGCAGCUUUCUCUUUACAUGGAUAAAUUUGAGGAAUUCCAGACAACUAUGGCAAAGAGUAAUGAACUUUUCACAACAUUCAGACAAGAAAUGGAAAAGAUGACCAAAAAGAUUAAAAAACUGGAAAAAGAAAUAAUAGUGUGGCGUACAAAAUGGGAAAACAACAACAAGGCUCUCCUGCAAAUGGCUGAAGAAAAGACAGUUAAGGACAAAGAAUACAAAGGUUUCCAAAUAAAACUGGAGCGUUUGGAAAAGCUGUGUAGAGCUCUUCAAACAGAAAGAAAUGAGUUGAAUGAGAAGGUGGAAGUCCUUAAAGAACAGGUGUCUUCAAGAGAAGCAGAUGUUGAUGUAGCUGCACCUGCAUUGCAAUCAUGCACGCUCAACUCUCAUGAGAAGCUGGAGGUUUCUACUCAUAAAGAGCAAGAAGGAAUCCAGCCAGAUGUUGACACAAAAGGGGAAAACAAAGGCCCUGAAAAAACUGUCAGUUUGGUUUCCAUUCCUACCACACAUUUUGUUGAUUAAAAUGUAAACACUGUAUUAAGAGAUAUAUUUUGUGUAUAACUUUAAAUGGUGGUGGUAACUAUUAGUUUUGUGGUGAAAAUUUUCUUACUUUUUCUACCAUAUCUGUAUUUUCUUAGAACAGAACAGAAUUUGCCUGGUACAGGAAGCUGCAUAGCAGCUAUUGAAUAGCUUAUCUAUAAAAAAUCCACAACUGU